AUGCACACCUCGGAGCGUUCAAAUCAGAAGCCGCGGAUGCACCAUGCGCCUUGCACCUCCAAACCCGUGCCUGAGCAAAGCCACGGCAAAUCCUACGUACGCACUGCAGCAGCAGCAGCAGCUGCAGCAGCAGCAGCUGCUGUCGGCUCAGCAUUGCAGCAAAAGCUGCGACUGCUAGCUUUCCCUCCUGUAUUUGAGUCGCUUCUUUGGGCGCGGAUCGUUACCGCCCUUUCUUCUGCUGCACUGCAGCUGCCGCCGAUUCAGCAGCAGCAGCAGCUAGCACAGCUGCAAGAGCUGGGGCAUCGGAGCCCUCCCCCUCCGCCCCCUGUGCUGCUCUGUAGCAUCGAGGAUUCUCAUCAGCAGCUGCAGCAGCAGGAAGCAGCAGAAGCUGCUGCCUCUUGCCCUUUUCUGGUUGCGCAGUUGUCAAGGGCAGCAGCAGCAGCAACGACAGCAGCAGCAGCAGCAACGACAGCAGCAGCAGCAGCAACGACAGCAGCAGCAGCAAAAACAACAGCAUCUGCAACAAACGAUACAACAACUUCCCGUGGAGAUGCCGGCGAUCCCCCAGGAGCUUCAGCCCUCUGGUAUCGUCACAGCAGCGUCCGCAGCGCCACCAGCAGCAACGACUGCAGCAGCAACAGCAGCAGCUGCAGCAGCAGCAGGAGCAACAGCAGGGGCUGUAUCAAGAAUAGCAGCAGUGAAAAAUGUAGCGGACGCACACGGGAGCAGCUUCGCAUGCAUAUGAUUCGGUUGGGGGCAUUUGCUGCUGGGGCUGUGGUUGGUUUGCUGCUGCUGCUGUUGGAGCGGCAGCAGCAGGAGCAGCUGCAGCAAGAGCAGCAUUUCCUGCAGCAGCAAGAGCUUCUGCAGCAGCUGCAGCAGCAAGAUGACAACCGCAUUAUAUGGAAGAACGUCACACGGGGGUUCUGGCUAGUUGUGUUCGCUGGCGUGAUGAUACACAAGCAACCAGACAGCAGCAGCAGCAGCAGCAGCAGCAGCAGCAGCAGCAACAGCAGCAGGAGCAGCAGCAGCAAGAGGUCAUCAACAGUAGAUAUGUGCUACCAGUGCAUCGCAUUGUCUGUAGCAGGCUGCUGCUUGACAUUUUUCCCGCUGCUGCUGCUGCAGUGCCGCGUUUCGUGUGCAGCAGCAGCAGAAGCGCUGUUCAUUUUGCUGCUGCUGCUGCAUCACAGCUCUGAAUAUCUCUUUGUCUUAGCCUUUCAUCCGAAGGAGCUGAGCUACGACUCCUUUCUAUUAAACAACAGCCCGGUUUAUGCUGCUGUGCUGCUGCUGGCGCUGCUGGAGCAGCAACUCAAACCCUCAGUUGCUGCUGCAAUCCUCAACAGCAGCAAUGCGCUGCUGCUGCAGCUCCUGCUGCAGCAGCAGCUCCAUCUGCCGCAGCUUCUGCUGCAGCUGCACACCUUCGCAUGGCAUGCGCUGCUGCAGCGUCCUCUCCUCCCCAGCGAGUUGGAUGUGUUGCUGCUGCCUCCACUGCAGCAGCAGCUGCAGCAGGGACUGCAGCAGCUGCCGCCCCAGCAGCAGCAGCAGCAGAACGUUUCGUCAUCCCCUUCCAUUACCGGUGGUGGUGCAGCAGCAGCAGCAACAACAGGAGAGAGAAUUUCACUCAUCAAAUCAGAAAACAAAAAACAGAAAAACAUCGACUCUGUGUUCACGGAGUCUACAGCAAAUGCAGACACCCAGCAUAUGCAGGCUGGUUCUGGUGGGCCGUAG